GCGCCAUCGAUCCUGGUGGCCCAAACUUUUCAACAUCUAGAUAACUAUGCCUCGCCAGGCACACGGUAGGCCACUCCAUGCGGCCAGAGCAAAUACUACCGUCAAGAGGAAACCUGCCAGAAACCGCAGACUGAACGCACUCGAGAUUGCGGAGCGAGAACAUCCCGAUGAGAUUAAGAUUCGACAGCACCGCCUCGGCCAGGUCGACGAUGAGUUUCAAGAUCCGCGCAGUAGGGCAGAUGCCGACGAGCGGUCGUCGAAGAGAAGGAAACUUGCCAUCACAGCUGCAGAUGAGAUUGAAGAGGAAGGUUCGGAUCUCGAGGGCAACCGAUGGCAUCUGGGUGUGAACGAGGAGGAUGAAGAUAGUGACAUUGACAGCGAUGACGCCUUUGGUGCAAGCGAUGAGGAAAGGUUUGCGGACUUUACCUUCCGCGGAAGUGCUACAACGUCCUCGGAGCCCAAGCGCCGGGGGGUUGCUGCUGCGUCCAUUGAACCUGAACUCGACCUCGAUGAAGAAGGCUGGGCUGGCGAAGAAAGCGAGAAGCCCGAUGAUGACCCAGAUGACGAUUUCGGGGAUGAGGCUGUGGAUUUGGCCACGGCUUGGGAUAUGGACGACCAAGAAAAUGACGAAGUAUCAAGAAGACGAUCAAAAACGGGGACACGGCUCACAAACGACAAUCACGACAACGACGAAGACUCCAUGCCAGAACUUGGCGACACCCAAGAAUCAGAUGAGGACAUGUCUCAAUUUGAGGAUGAUGCGGAGUCGGAAUUGUCCGUCUCUGAAGACGAAGGCGAUCAUUCAAGGCUUCAGAAUUUUGUUGAAGGUCUAGCAAGCGGUGACAAGCGCCAAUCAACUAUCGAACGGCGACGUCUCCAAAAUCUGCCAAAUAAACCGUCGCAAUUCGGUCUCAGCACUGCAAAAAUCUCCGCUAGUGAUCUUCUACACUAUAUCAAAGAUCCUCGCCAGAGACAAUCUCUAAAAAUCUUGCAGAACAGCCAGAGCAAGGGAAACGACGCUUACAGAAGUGGAAUUCCAGGGAAACUUGCCCCUCCUCUCGCAAAAAGGCAGCAAGAUCGUCUUGAUCGUUCUGCGGCAUACGAGGAGACGAAAAAGGAGUUAGGCAAGUGGAUCGAAACAAUCAAGCAGAAUCGACGUGCUGAGCACCUCUCAUUCCCCCUGGUUGAUGCUGCAGCAGCUGGUAUGUUGAGCAAUAAGCAACUUGGACCGACCGCUACUGCAGAGCCUAUGACUUCGCUCGAAUCAACAAUCCAGAAUAUCAUGACGGAGAGUGGGAUGCAGCCGAAAGAUAGAAUGUCCCAGGAGGCUCAGGAACAUGCCUUUGAGGAACUGAACGAGAAGAGAAUGCCACUGGCGGAAGUGCAAGCCCGGAGAGCAGAACUGAGGCGGAUGCGGGAUCUGAUGUUUCGUGAAGAAAUCCGUGCACGACGGAUCAAGAAGAUCAAAAGCAAGGCAUAUCGUCGUGUCCACCGCAAAGAGCGCGAGCAUGCAAGCCAGGAGAAUAGAACUCUACUGGCGGCGCAAGGCUUGAUCGAUUCAGACGAAGAAAGAGAGAGGACCGAGCGCCGGCGAGCCGAGGAACGGAUGGGCGCGCGUCAUAGGGAGAGUAAAUGGGCCAAAAGUGUCAAGUCUACAGGCAGGGCUGCUUGGGAUGAGGAUGCCAGACAUGGUGUGACAGACCUUGCGAGGCGAGAUGAAGAACUCCGCAGACGAAUUGAAGGCAAGACCAGUACUGGCUUGGACGGGUCCGAUUCAGAGUCUUCCGAUUUCGACGGCUUCUCAGGUUCCGAUGACGAAAAACAACACGUGGAAAGUAAGCUCGAUGAUCUUGAACGCGAUGAAGUCGAUACGUUCGAGACGAGGCUUGGCUCAAUGGCAUUUAUGAGAAAAGCAGAGGCGGCAAGGAAAGCUGCCAAUGAGGAAGAGAUCCGCAACAUAAGACGCGGUCUCCACGGCGAUGAGGUAGGAGCGGUCGGCGAGGAGCAUCUCGAAUAUGACGCCCCAGUGGGACGUCAAAAGUUUGGAGCGGUCACCCGAGAUGUUACUGUGAAGCCACAACUUCAUGUUUCCAAGAGCGAGUUCGAGGAACGCGAUUCGGAGGCUGAGCUGGAAGAACCCCGAGCUCAAGACCAAACGGAAGGAAUGAACGGCGAUUUGCCAACAGCUAUGAGGCCUAAAACCGACGAAAUCAAGCUCAAAUCGUCGUUGAAGCCCCCAGGCCCAGCGAAGCAGAUGCCAAAAUCCGACCUCAAAGGCGAGCUGUCGAGCAAGAAUUAUUCAUCCAGCCUCGCCAAAAAUGGUCGGAAGAAGCUGACACAAGUGCCACAGAGCCGCCUUCUCGAUGAUAAUAUUCCAUCUGAGUCUGAGAAUGAGCAGGAUGAGAGAAUCGCACUUGCACAAGCGAUCUUUACUGGCUCGGAUGAGAUUCAGCAGGAGUUUGCGAAAGAAAAGAGAGAAACCGUGGAGGAAGAAGGGGAUCAAAUCGUGGACAACGGCCUUCCUGGAUGGGGAAGUUGGACAGGAGAAGGAAUCAGCAAGAAAGCUCAAAAGAGGGUCAAGGGUCGGUUUUUGACGACGGUCAAGGGUGUGGCGGAAGAAAAGCGACAAGACUCCAGGCUGGAAAAGGUCAUCAUCAACGAAAAGCGUGUCAAGAAGAACGGCAAGUAUUUGGCCAGCGAACUCCCUCAUCCAUUCGAGUCACGACAACAGUACGAACGAUCGCUUCGUCUACCCCUGGGACCUGAAUGGACGACGAAGACUACGUUCCAGGACAGCACGAAGCCGCGCGUGUUGAUCAAGCAGGGCGUCAUCCAGCCCAUGGCACGACCUCUGGCAUAGAGGCCGAAGAUAGAUUGUGAGCAGUGGAGAUGAAAAGCAGACCAAAUGAGCAGGAUCAGGAUCGUGUCAAAAUCAGUGCUUCAAGUUAGACGAAGAGGAGCACCUUACAGUAUAUGUGGAGUGGCAUUCAGAAGAAUUCAGCCUUGUCCUCAGACAGGACUCCUAAUCUUGGCAACACGGCACGUGAUCGACUUUCCACUGUCCUCUACAAUCUCCUCGACCUCUGCCUCCUCCUUUCUCUCCAUCACUUUGGAACACUCUGCACCACUUGCCGCCAGCGUCACGGACGGCCCUAGCUCUUUCCACCUCGCCGCCAUGUCCACGUACGAAGCCCCGCCAAAUCCUUGCUCUCAUGCAGGAAGCAGCAAUGGACAGCGUCUCAAAUCAAGGGCACAAACUGUGCUAUGCUCCCAACUUCGUUCUCGACCACAUCAUUUUUCUACACUCUCUGCCCUCCUGAUCCGUCUAUACGUUUUAUCAACCCUCAUUCCUAGUCAUCAGACAUCCUUUGGCCGCGUUUCCUAUUCAUAUUCUUGGUCGCAGUUCUGCCGCAGUGUCACCUCGCCCCUAAGCUCGAGCCUCCUCGACCAGGUAGCCGCACAGAUCGCCUUCUUCGCCGUG